GGUGAAGACAGCAGGAUCUUUGGAAGUUGCUGGAUGCUUCAUUCCUGAGUAUGUGCAACAACUCAGGUUCAUCAGCAAAUACUGAUGGUUGCCUGGUAGAAGAGUGAGAGUUCAUGUUCACCUGUUUCCAGGAUUUUAAUACAAGAAGAUGAAGACCACAUUCUACCUAAGUUUACUGCUGGCUGGGUUUCAUGCUGUUGCCAGUGGUCAGCUCCCACCCAGUCACCACAAUGGACAUGAUCCAAAUGAACCUAAAGACCACAUGCAUCACGGAGGUGAAGCGAUUGCUUGCCUCAAACUUGUGCCAAACAAUGCUGACUUUGCAUUUCAGUUUUUUAAAGAGGUUACACUGGAGGCACCUAAUAAAAACAUUUUCUUCUCUCCUGUAAGCAUCUCGGCUGCAUUUGCAAUGCUGGCCCUAGGGGCUAGAUCAGCCACUCAGACUCAGAUCCUGGAAGGACUUGCCUUCAAUCUCACUGAGAUUCAGGAGAAAGAAAUACAUGAAGGCUUCCACAACCUCCUCCACAUGCUGAGCCAUCCUGAGGGUGGGGUCCAGCUCGACAUGGGGAAUGCCAUCUUUGUCACAGAGAGGCUGAAACCUCUGAAAACAUUUUUAGAUGAUGCCAAAGCUCUCUAUCAGCUAGAGACUUACACCACUGACUUUAAGAAUCCCACAGAGGCUGAAAAGCAGAUCAAUGAUUAUAUAGAGAAGAAAACACAUGGGAAAAUUACUAAUUUGGUCAAUAAUAUGGAUCCACAGACUUUAAUGCUUCUGGCUAGCUUUGUUUUCUUUAAAGGUAACUGGGAAAAGCCUUUUAAACCAGAGCAUACCGAAGAAAGGGAGUUCUUUGUGGAUGCUGAAACUACUGUGAAAGUCCCUAUGAUGUACCAGAUGGGCAGAUUUGACUUCUAUUUUGAUGAGGAUCUGUCAUGCACUGUGGUACGGCUGAAUUAUAAUGGGAGUGCUACUGCGUUUCUGGUUCUGCCAGCAAAAGGGAAAAUGAAGAAGUUAGAACAAGCUCUGGACAAGGAAACCAUUCAGCACUGGUCAGACCAUCUCUUCCAGAGCCGUAUGAGCCUCUACUUACCCAAAUUUUCUGUUUCUGGGAGAUAUGAAAUAAGUGACAUCCUUAGCAAGAUGGGAAUGGUGGAUGUGUUCACCAACCAGGCAGAUCUCUCUGGCAUCACUGGCACCCAAGAUCUGAAGGUUUCCAGAGCUGUUCAUCAGGCUGCUCUGGAUGUUGAUGAGAGAGGUACUGAAGCGGCAGCAGCAACUGCUGUUGAAAUAAUGCCAGUGUCUAUUCCUCCAACCAUUGAAUUCAACCGUCCCUUCCUCAUGCUGAUUUUUGACAGAGAUACAAACAGUACACUCUUCAUAGGAAAAAUAGUUAACCCAACUAUCACUAGCUGAAGUAACAUAUGAAUUCUGUUUGCUAUUACUGAUUAAAGAUGUGA